AUGGCAGCUCGCUAAGCAUAUUGUCGAUUGUAACCCAAAGUGAACAACUACCAUAAUGAUGGCACAGGAAGGGAUUCCUACAUUAGCAAGUUUAACGGUGGAUAAAUGAAUCAGACUCUGCAAUCUCAAAUAGCACCUCAACCAAAUCAUGAAUUUGAGAAGAUGCAUUAUCUAACUAAAUCAAACACCACUUUGAGACGUUCUGGUAAUCUACCUCCCCAGAUCCCCAUAAAAACUACGAAGUAUUGGGGAGAUGGAACUGGAAGAGAUUACUUUGUCAUAGUCAAUGAUGGUGGCUAAUGCAAUCCGUGCAAUUGGUGGGAUAACGUCGAUAUCUAAUUUCAAAGACAACUCAGAAAUUACCAAUAGACAGGUCCACUGAGAAUUAGCAGUGCUUGUUCAUCCAAACAAUAAGAUAGAUUGGCAGAGCCUAAGAAACAGUUAUAGAUCAAAUAGAGGCCCCAUACUCCCAAUAUCAAACAAGCUCAUAAAAUCUAUCAAUCUUACCAAACUUUGAAAUACUAAAGCAAGGCUCGCAACAUAAGAUACAAGACACAUCAUGAUAAUUGA